AUGGGUUUCCUAGAGUUGUUGGAGGUGGCUUCAAUGCCAAUCGUCCAAGUUCUCCUCAUCAGCGUCCUUGGCGCUUUCUUGGCUACCGAUUACUGCUCUCUUCUCUCCGCUGACACCCGAAGAUCCGUGAACAAGCUCGUCUUCGUGGUCUUCACCCCCUGCAUCAUGUUUGCCAGCCUUGCCCAGACCGUGACAUUGCAGGACAUUAUUUCAUGGUGGUUCAUGCCCAUAAAUGUUGGGAUCACCUUUCUAGUUGGAGGCAUUCUUGGAUGGGUGGUGGUCAAGCUGCUAAACCCCGAGCCUCAACUUCAUGGCCUCAUAAUUGCUACAUGUGCCUCAGGCAAUUUGGGGAACCUUAUGCUUAUUCUGGUCCCUGCCAUCUGUGACGAGGAAGGCAGUCCUUUUGGGAAUCGGAGUGUCUGCAGAUCCGUUGGGCUCUCCUACGCAUCUUUCUCUAUGGCCCUUGGGGGUUUCUACAUUUGGACGUACAGUUACCAACUGGUGAGAAGCUCUGCUACACAGUUCAAAGCUCUUGAAGCCGCCGGGUUGGUCAAGUCUCCCAACAAGGACAACGACUCUGAUCCCCGCACUCUACUCCUCAAGCCGCACCAAAACCAAGACCUUGAAAUCCAGGGCAAACAAAAGGUGUCUACUCGGACAUACAUCAAGGACUUGCUCCAUCAAAUUCUUGAGGAACUCUUCGCACCGCCCACCAUUGGUGCCAUUCUUGGCUUUGUCUUCGGAGCAACCAACUGGUUGAGGAACCUUAUAAUCGGGGAGAACGCUCCGUUGCGAGUCAUUCAAGACUCAGUAAAGCUUCUUGGGGAAGGCACCAUUCCUUGCGUCACACUCAUACUAGGGGGAAACCUGAUUAACGGUCUGCGUUCGUCAUCCGUGAAAAUAUCAGUGAUUGUGGGAGUGAUCUGUGUGCGCUAUAUCAUCCUUCCUGUGGUGGGAGUCGGGGUGGUGCAAUUAGCAGGGAAUCUAGGCUAUCUUCCACCGGACCCUCUCUUCCGAUACGUUCUCAUGCUUCAGUUUGCACUGCCUCCUGCCAUGAAUAUCAGCACAAUGACACAGCUGUUCGACGUGGCUCAAGAUGAGUGUUCGGUCAUCUUCUUGUGGACUUACCUGAUUGCAUCCCUAGCCCUCACCAUCUGGUCAACCAUAUUCCUCUCUAUCCUCUCCUGA